CCCGCCUCCUUGCCGCGUCCCCGCCUUCCCCGCCGCUGUUCCGUGUCCCCGUGUCCGCUGCCUGUCUCCGUGCCCCCCCGUGCCCCAUCCCCGCUCCCUGCGCGGUGUUCCCGCUGUCCCGGGAUGUCGCGGCGGGCGGUGCGGGUGCUGCGGCUGGGCGCGGUGCCCUACGCGGAGGCGCUGCGGGUGCAGGAGCGCUGCGUGGCGGCGGCGCGGGCGGCGCGGGGCCCGCCGGGGCUACCGGGGCUGCCGGGGGUACCGGGGGAGAGCGUGGUGCUGAGCGAGCCGGCGCGGCCCGUGUACGCCUGGGGGCUGCGCGGCGCUCCGGGCGCGGCGGCGGCCGCGGCGCUGCGGGCGCGGGGCGCGGCGCUGGUGGCGGCGCGGCGCGGCGGGCACAUCACCUUCCACGGGCCCGGGCAGCUGCUGGCCUUCCCGGUGCUCGACCUGCGCCGCCGCCGCCUCCCGCUCCGCGCCUACGUGGCCGGGCUGGAGGCGCUGGUGCUGCGGCUGUGCCGCCGCCUGGGGCUGCGCUCGGCCCGCGCCCUGCCGCCGCCCUGCACCGGCGUGUGGAUGGGCGACAGCAAGCUCUGUGCCAUCGGCGUGCACUGCGGGAACCACAUCACGUCGCACGGGCUGGCGCUGAACUGCUGCACCGACCUCUCGUGGUUCGAGCACAUCGUCCCCUGCGGGCUGGAGGGCAAGGGCGUCACCUCGCUCAGCCGCGAGCUGGGCCACCACGUCGCCGUCAGCCACGUCCUCGAGCCCUUCCUCGACUCCUUCCAGGAGGUCUUUGAGUGCACUUUGGUCUCCUCGGAGGAGCCCGGGGAUUAGGAUUGCUGUGCUGCCCUGGCCGGGUGCUUUGGUGCCAGGGCAGCCCCGGGGUCUCUCUUGUGAGACCAGUUCUCGUGCCUUUGCCUGUGGACUGUGAGUGGACCGUGGCACAGGGUUUCAGGCUGCUGCUUCACCAUCCAAACCUGCACUGGGGCUGUUCUCUCCAGCCCUGUGAACCUCCAUCCCUCGGCUGAGGCCUCCAUGGGUACCACUGACCAUCCAAACCUGCACUGGGGCUGCUCUCUCCAGCCCUGUGAGCCUGCAUCCCUUGGCUGAGGCCUCCAUGGGUACCAUGUCCCCACGUCACUUGCUGGGGAAGUACCCAAACAGGUGCUUUUGUGGGGUUUUUUCUGCUUUUGGCCCCACAAAAAUUAAGGAUUUGUGUGAAUGCUCGUGAAUUCACAUGAGCUCACGUGGGUCACCCUUCCCUUGCUGAAAAAGGCAGAUUUUAUGUAUAAAGAGCGUUGCUGGGAACUUCG